ACGCCCCCGCGGUCUCGCUUAAGCUCGAGGUGCUGGUGGAAAGAAGGGAGACGUAACGAAGUGAGGAUCUCUGGGUUGUUGCAAUGGUCAGAUUAUCAGUUUAUUGCCACAAAUUCCACAACCCGGAGGUGCUAUGAAGGCGGGGGCCUCGUCCAUGUGGGCUUCAUGCUGUGGUCUGCUGAAUGAAGUCAUGGGCGCAGGGGCAGUGAGAGGCCAGCAGCCUGGGUUCGGAGCCGGUGCCGGACCCUUUCGGUUUGCCCCCAGCGCAGGAUAUUCCACAUAUCCGCCCACAACCUCAGGGAGCCCCAGCCUCAUAUGUAAGGCUUGUGGCCAGGCCUUCUCUGUCUUCAGGAGGAAGCAUAUCUGCUGCGACUGUAAGAAGAGUUUCUGCACUCUGUGCUCUGUGCUUCAGGAGAACCUGCGUAUAUGUGCCACAUGUCACCUGCUGAAGGGGACGGCCUUCCAGAGACCACAGCUGAUGCGGCUGAGGGUCAAAGACUUGCGGCAGUACCUGCUGCUACGCAACGUCCCCACAGACACCUGCAGGGAGAAGGAGGACCUGGUGGACCUGGUGCUGUGUCACCAGGGGACAGGGGGGGAGGAGGACCCCGACAACCCCCUCUAUACCCCGCCCCCCUCCGCCGCACGUUCCACCUCUGAGCUGUCUGCGCUCUCAGUCUCCGCCUCUCAGGGGGAAGCUCUCAGCAGGAGCGACAGCUCAGGGACAACCAACCAGGAUAUAGGCGACGCCACGUCUCUCUCCCUCCUGAACCUGGCACCCAGUGAGCACACACCAGAGGUGAGCCCUCAGACGCGGCCGCGAGCGCGGGCCUCUCUCUCAGACAUCUCCAGCCUGAGGGACAUCGAGGGCCUGUCCGUUAGACAGCUGAAGGAGAUCCUGGCCAGGAACUUUGUCAACUAUUCAGGCUGUUGUGAGAAGUGGGAGCUGGUAGAGCGCGUCAGCCGCCUGUACAGAGAGACGGAGGAGAACAUGAAGUCAUUGGAAAACGUCAACACAGCUAUAACUGCAGUGGUGGCCUUGCCCCCUCCUCCCAUCUGCAAUGGAGGGAUUGGAGAUGGGGAGAAGGCCCAGCUGACCAACGUGGAUGACAACCUGUGCAGGAUCUGCAUGGACUCCGUGAUCGACUGCGUCCUCCUGGAGUGUGGUCACAUGGUCACCUGCACCAAGUGCGGCAAGCGGAUGAGCGAGUGUCCCAUCUGCAGGCAGUACGUUGUGAGAGCCGUGCACGUCUUCAAGUCCUAAUGUCUCAACCCACCACUUCCACCAUGUCACAUCUUCAAAACAUUCACCUCCAGAGAAACAGAUCUGUGUUGUUCUGUCCCAGUUGUGUGUUCUGUUGUUAUCCCCUGAAACGCUUACAUUAUUUGUAAACUUGAUCAUCAAUUUGAGAAAUGCAGUGUGUUCAUUUUUUCCCACUUCAUUUCUUUCUUGGGACGAAUCAGUGUUUGACCAAUGAAAAGGAGGGCAGCAGUCUACCCUUUAUAUUAACCCAUUCCAUUUCUAAACACAUAAUAAUAAUAAUAAUAUAUGCCAUUUAGCAGACGCUUUUAUCCAAAGCGACUUACAGUCAUGUGUGCAUACAUUGACGUUUUCUCAUCUACCGUAUUUUUGUGUUAUUUUUUUGCUUACUUAUGUUGACUUUUAAACAAGAAUGUGAGCCGUGUGUGUACGUACCAUCGUUCCCAGGUACCUACAGAGUGAACCACUAAUUGUGACUGUCCCAAUGACCAAACCGUAUCAUGUAAUGUCUGCCCAUAUAGAGGUCUAUUUUCAUUUGGAAGGAAGUCUCACAUUUGUUUUAAUUCUGUCAUAACAUCUUAGCACUGAAUGUUAAGAUGAUUAAGAAAACGGGUGCUAAAAACGUUCAUGUUUUUCCUGUUUUCCGUUUGUUAGUAUACCAACUUAAAAUUGUGGAUAUCGUCUGUCUGAAAACAUUUUAUCUCCCCCCAAAAAAACUUCAGGAAAUGACCAUAUUUUCCCAUUAACGGAAAUACAAUUAUGAAACUUCAGAAGCUAUUUCGAAUACAUUUUCUUGGUCCUAGAGUCAAAUGUUCAGAGUACAACAUUGAGGGGAGUUACUGUUUUCAAUAGAUGAAAAACACAACUAAAUGUAAAAAAAGAAGCAUUAUGAGCACGUAAUUCCAUCAGACAGCCAAAAUAUGCUUAGAAUAUUUUCAGUUCUCUUUCUUGGAAGUGGAGAGAAUAUUGUCUUUUUAAUUAAUACAUUGUUGUAGUUAACACAACUAAUCAAAUAUAUAGCUGCAAGUUAACUGCCACUUGUGGAAUAUAAAGUAUAUUGAGGAAAAGUGACUUGCUGUACAGUUGCAUAUAAUGUUUCAUAUCAGUAUGAGAUGUACAUAUCUAUUUUUUUCCAUUUGAUUUGAAUGUGUAAUUGAAUUGAAGAUUUCCCUCAGAUUAGUUUAUUAAAGAGUAAGGUUUCACUGUC